AUUCCGCAGGCGCUGUCAGGGAGUUGAGUGUAGGCGCUACAAACCCCCAGCCUCCCACUCCUCUCGUCCAGGCCUCUCUGCUCUCCUUCGCUUUCUUCCAUGUCAUCAGCAUUGGCUCGAUAUGAAUCAUUUCUCAUCAAGAAUGUCUCUACUAUAUCCUCUCUCGAGUCGACAUUGAGAUCUAUUACCUGGAUCCUGCCAGGCAGGUUCAGGGAUGCCGAGUUGGCGUCUGAAGCCUUAUCGGCUACUCUCAACGUGAUGAGCAUGUAUCAUGAUACUCUGCUAGCCCAAUUCGUGCAGAACGACCCAAAGUACAAGGCACUGAUACCCCCAUCGCUGCACACGCGUUAUACUCGGGCAUGGUCUGACAAGGAUUGGAGGUACAAAUGGGCAGCGCGCACUCUUCAGCUCGUGCGCUUCACAGAGUUGUUGAUUGAAAUGGGCUUGCGGAGGAAGGUAUCUGUACGCAACCGAUGGAGAGGCAUUGUGUUGCUUGAGCUAGUCAAGGCCGUACUUCGUCUCCUGCUGCUGAAGAUUACAAGACGGCCGUUGCUCACACCGCCUAUUCCUGAACGAGAGAUCGACCCCUCUGCUCUCCCUCCGGAUUCCGAUACUUCAUCUCCUACUUUGGCUCCGUCGUCUCCACCUGCUUCGCUCCCUUCUACUCCAGAACAUCUCAAGAAUAACCAUGUGCAAUUACCUCUGCACCCGCUACUCACUCCGCCGCCGCCUACUCAAGAACCGUUGCCUGUCGAAGACUUCCUUCUCCCGAAGGCGUUGACGACAUCCUCCGUCAAGGCUCCUACGGCGCUGGUUCACCCCUUGACUUCUCCUAAGGAUUGGCUCGCUGAAAUCAUCUACAUCCUCCGCCCUCUUGUUUAUGCAAUCAUGCUAUCCAAAGACCGGAAGACCAACCGUCCGCUCACGACGGUUCUCUUCCUGGAACUGCUAUCACGCCAUCUGCGUCGUGUGCCCGGACGAUCCGGUUCUCUAGAACGUUCAGAAUAUGCGAACAGAGAUAGGGAUAUGCUGUGGUACCUCUUGCGGGGGUCCAUCUGGCAGACGUAUACGCGACCAAAGGUUCAGGCAUUCGCAGCGAGGACUGCGCGUGUACCCUUGCUGAACAUAUUCAGUGCUUUCAUCAGGGAUUGGAUCCCACUCAUCGACGAGUAUCAUUAUUAUACCGCUCCUUAGGUUUUAAUGCUCUCAUGCGGCUUGCUCCUGUGACGAUCGUUUUGUCUGAUCUCUGUGAUAUUCAUGCUUUCCAUUGCUCUU